ACUUGUUGAGCCACACACAAAAACCCUAAUCUCUUCAUUUUGUUUCACAAGUUGUGCGGAAGAUGAAGUACAAUCCUCGUGUGACCUCUUCUCGCAGGAAGAACAGGAAGGCUCACUUCACAGCUCCUUCAAGCGUGAGGCGCGUGCUGAUGAGCUCGCCGUUGUCGAAAGAACUCCGUCAGAAGCACAAUGUGAGAUCGAUGCCAAUUCGUAAAGACGACGAAGUGCAAGUUGUUCGUGGGACGUUCAAGGGAAGGGAAGGGAAGGUGAUGCAGGUGUAUCGCCGCAAGUGGGUCAUUCACAUCGAGAGAAUCACAAGGGAGAAAGUCAACGGAACUACGGUCAACGUCGGCGUCAAUGCGUCAAAUGUGAUGAUCACUAAGCUCCGUAUGGACAAGGAUAGGAAAUCUCUUUUGGAGCGUAAGGCUAAUGGACGCGCCGCUGCCGAUAAGGAGAAGGGAACCAAGUUUACGGCGGGAGAUGUUAUGGAGAACGUAGAUUGAGAUUUAAAGAGUUCUUUUUUUAUUAGUUUUAUAUUUUUAUUAAGUUCAUAUGAAAUUUUUGAUUCCAAGGAUGAUGAUAUGAUUCAGAACUCGGAAAUCUAUUUUUAUUGAGAUUGUCUAUCGUGAUUGAAGCAUUUGAUUGAGAUUUAAAUCGUUACUGAUA